AGAGGGGGCUUCGAGCGAUUGCGAGAAAGAGAAAGAGAGAGUGGGAGAGGGACCUCUGUGAAACCCUAAAAUCUCGAUCUCCCUGCCGCCGCCAUUCAUCUCCUUACCGCCGUCGUCUCCUCCGUCAAAGCGUUGCCGGUGCAGAGUUAUGAAUGGAGGACGAGAUGAUCGUGGAGCCUAUGAAUUCGUUGACCUCUCAGAGUGACAAUUUCAUUCAGAUUGUUGAGGUCAAGGCAAAGAAUUUGAUAUAGAUUUUGUUAAGUUGAUUUGAUAUAUUAUAAAGGUGCAAGAUCCUUGAGGUACUGAAAAAUUGGCCUGAGAGGAGUAUUCAAGUUAUUGUUGUCACAGAUGGCGAGCGAAUUUUAGGACUCAGAGACCUUGGAUGUCAGGGAAUGGGAAUUCCUGUUGGAAAAUUGGCUUUGUACACAGCACUAGGAGGGCUUCGUCCAUCAGCA